AUGCUUGCAAAAACACUUGACCUCGGUCUAUCCCUCGACACUAUCAACAGAGCUCCAAAGCUUGGCACAAACCUCCAAUCCUCCACCAUCACCAUCACCGCAGUCUCCCAUCCGCACGACCCCAUCUCCCUUACGCCUCUCCCCCAAACACAACCCUCCCUUUCCUCUCUUACCCCCAGCUCGUCCACCCGGCCCAAAAAAACCUCCACAAAGCCUUGUCGACCCCGGGAAACCAUGGCCUCUACCACCUCCUCCUCCGCAGCAGCACCUAGCAACAACAAUGCCAACCUCGCCUCAUCAGGCCUAACCAUCCACUCCGACAGCGAAACCUACGACGCCCCCCAAGACCAAACCUCCGACUCCAUCUCCCAACCACCAUCCUCGUCCUCUUCCCCGCUCAUCCUCUACAAACCCCCCACGCUCUACGGCCUCCUGCGCGGCGCCGCAAUCAACCUCGUCCUACCAUUCGUAAAUGGUCUGAUGCUCGGGUUUGGAGAGCUGGUUGCGAAUGAAGUUGCGUUUCGGUUGGGGUGGUCGGGGACUAAGGUGUGUACUUUCCCCCAAUUCUCCGCCUUCUGUCAAGAUAUGCUAUAGG